AUGCCGCCCCCCUCCCUCCCCAAACGGCGCCCUAAGCGCCCCAGGGUCUUCCGCAGGAGCGCGGCGGCUUCCCUACUUGGGAUUCCGCACCUGCGGGAGACCCUGGCGUCAUUGCGCCAACCCGCGCGUGACGCAGUGCGUCCCUCCCCCCCCUCCACGCCGGGAGCAGGGGAGACGUACUUCGACGCGCCCCUCGCCCCCGCGGGCGAGGGCCCCCCGUCACCGGGGCCUCGGCGGACGCCCCCGCUCUCCAUGCCGGAGCUGGGGCCGCCGCCGCCGCGCCGGACAGCGCCGCCGCUGCACUUAGCAGCAGCAGCCCCGCUGCCGCAGCGCCCCUCUCGCGCGAGCCGCUCCCCGGCCCGCUCGACGUCCCCGCCGCCGGCCAAGGUGCUCGCCGCCCAGUCCCCGUCUUCGGGAGAGGGCAGGCAUGCACUUCGACUGCCGGUGCGCGGAGCCCUAUCUCCCCCCCCGUUCCGAGGAGGGUUGAGACAGGUCGCGCCCACGCCGGCGCCACGCCAGUCGCCGGAGGCGAUGGAUACGCAGCCGUCGUACGCGGCUGUGGCCUCGACACCUCCCGCGACUUCUCCACGGCUAAUACCGCAGCGGGACGUACAUUCCCCGCUCCAGGCCAAGCCCGCGUCCCGCUCCGCCGAAGCGAGAGCGUUACCCCCCUUUGGUGGUGGAGGUACUCCCGGACUGGGCUCGGCACUUCCGAGCCCUCCGGGAGAAGCUCGGACACCCCCCUAA